AGCAGACCUCCGAUUGAGAAUUCCUGGACUUCUUUUGAGAGCUUUGAGAGGAAAGGGCCUGUGUCUUGUGUUGCCAGGAUUUACCCAUUGACUCACAACCCACCCCCAAUUGAAAAAGUUUCCCAAGAUGGGCCUCUUCAAGAACUAUCGUGUCUACAUCCUCACAUCGGUGGCCUAUUCAGGCUCGCUCCUGUUUGGCUAUGACACUGGUGUGAUGGGUAGUGUCCUCUCCCUUGACAGCUUCAAGAACGACUUCGGCCUCCCCACAGAUUCGACGGGUUUCGCAUCCGAGAAGAACUCACAAGUGUCCUCCAACGUCGUAUCCUUGCUAACGGCGGGCUGCUUCUUUGGCGCCAUCGCUGCUGCUCCCCUCAAUGAGCGCAUUGGGCGUCGCUACUCGCUCAUGAUUUUCAGCGUCAUCUUCCUUAUUGGUGCAGCCGUACAGGUUUCUUCUCUACAUGCUAUCGGGCAGAUCUAUGGAGGCCGUGUCAUCGCUGGCUUGGGAAUCGGGGGAAUGUCUAGUAUCACGCCUGUUUUCGUCAGCGAGAAUUGUCCUCCAAGAAUUCGUGGUCGGGUCUCGGGACUGUUCCAAGAGUUCCUUGUCAUUGGAAGCACAUUCGCCUACUGGUUAGACUACGGUGUUUCCUUGCACAUCAAGCCUAGUACCAAGCAAUGGCGUAUCCCCGUGGCAAUUCAGCUAAUCCCCGGUGGUCUGAUGUUGAUGGGACUGUUCUUUCUCAAGGAAUCGCCGCGUUGGUUGAGCAGCAAGGGCCGUUAUGAGGAAGCGCUGAGCUCCCUGGCCUACAUUCGCAAUGAAUCACCCGACAGCGACGCGGUGCAGCAGGAAAUGGCCGAAAUCAGAGCAGCAGUUGAGGAGGAAGCAUCUGCUACUGAAGGACUCACUUACAAGGAAUUCCUGCAGGCCAGCAACUUGAAGCGCUUUGCCUUUGCCUUCUGUCUCAUGUUCUGGCAGCAAUGGUCGGGAACCAAUUCGAUUGGUUACUACUCGAGUCAGAUCUUCCAAACUAUUGGAUUGAGUGCUACGAGUGCCUCUCUUUUCGCUACUGGUAUCUAUGGAACAGUCAAGGUCGUUGCCACAGCCAUCUUCCUCUACGUUGGUAUCGACAGAUGGGGUCGCAAGCCCAGUUUGAUUGGUGGUGCCUUCUGGAUGGCAAGUAUGAUGUUCAUCCUUGGUGCUGUCUUGGCUGCGUAUCCUCCCGACACGAGCUCCAGCGGUGUCUCCAGUGCCUCCAUUGCCAUGGUUGUUAUGAUUUAUCUCUAUGUCAUUGGCUACUCCUUCUCGUUGGGCCCGACUUGUUGGGUUGUUGUCAGUGAGAUUUUCCCUACCCGCCUACGUGCAUACGGCGUUGGCCUGGCAGCUACCUCGCAGUGGCUGUGGAGUUUUGUCGUGACGGAGGUCACACCGAAAGCCGUCCAUAGCCUCGGUUGGAGGACUUUCCUCAUGUUUGGUAUUUUCUGUGUGGCAGCCGGCAUCUUCGUCAUUUUCUUCGCCAAGGAGACCAAAGGCCGCAGUCUGGAGGACAUGGACGUCCUCUUUGGCGCUGUUGACGAAGGCGAACGAAAAGAGGCGGUGGAGCACACCAUGCAUAAGCAAGGCGCCACUCAUAUUGAAGACAUGAAUGCGGAGACCGUUCGUGUCCGGAACAGCCAAGACAGGGUCUAG